AUGAAGCACGCCGUGGAUCGUUGGAAUCUCGACUCUUCCCACACAACUCACCCCUCAAGGAAAAUGGACAGAGAAGCUGGAGUUAUCGCCGUGUUGCUGGGCGUUCUUCUUACCUUUUUUCUGAGGACACUCAUCUCCAAACCUCGCGUCCCUUACCCUCCUGGACCUAAACCGAGGUUCUUCGUUGGCAAUUUUCUGGAUUUUCCGGAGGAAAACGCAGCGGAGAAUUAUCUUAAAUGGGGAAGACAGUACAACAGCGACGUCGUACACAUCAUCGUGCUCGGAAAGCACACCGUCGUUAUCAAUAAACGCAGAAUAGCGGAAGAACUACUCGACAAACGAGCUCGAAUCUACUCCGGUCGUAUGGAGCUACCCACUCUCAAAGCCCUUGGAUGGGAAUACAAUUUUGCUUUUAUCAACUAUGGCCAAGAGUGGCGCAACCGCAGACGAAUGUGCCAGCAGCACUUCAACCGACAGGCGUCAACCACAUUCGAACCGAUUGAGAUUAAAAGAGUCCGCAAGAUGUUGUCUGCGCUCCUCCAUUCCCCAGAGAAAUUUGACGUCUAUAAUAAAGUCCUGUCCGUUUCGAUCCCUCUCGACAUUAUGUUCGGCUAUGACAUUGCAUCUCUCGAAGACCCAGUCGUCAGGGCUUCCACUGCGGGCCUCGAAAUUGGCGGACCCCUGCUGCUGCCUUUUGGCUCGCUGAUCAACAUCUUCCCCCUUCUGCGGCACAUUCCUCCCUGGUUCCCCGGGGCGGUGUCUCAGAGAAAGGCUGCGAAGACCCGGCAACUCGCCCGCGAGAUGAAGCGCAUUCCGUUGCAAGAUCUGAAGGAGCGGAUGGCAAAAGGCCAAACAUCAUAUUCGGUGAUAGGAAACUUCCUUGAGCGACAGGCCAGCAUUGAAAGCCCCCAGGAUGAGAAAAGUCUAGACAUCCUAAGCGAUAUUGCGUAUACUUUGUACGGAGACUCUCUGACCGAAUCCCAUCACCUCCGUGACACCCAGACGAUCUCCGCGACUGGUUCCUUCCUCUAUCUUAUGGCUACGAACCCCGAUGCCCAGAAGAAAGCGCAGGCUGAAAUCGAUGCCCUUUUAGGAGCUCAGCGCCUACCGGAAUUUUGCGAUAGGCCUUCGCUUCCCUACGUCGAAGCUACAGUCAUCCACCGGCCAAUGAGACACCACCGGCUAAUGAUACACCUCGGAACACCAUGA